CUGAUUUUCCUAGAUGUGCGUUAUUUUCCUUGAUUUAUUCAAUCCAGCUUUAGGCUGGAAUACAGAAUACAGAUAGCUUUUGGUCACCUUGAGAAAUGGCCUAUGCCAGGAAAUGCGUGCUUGUUGAGAUUCCUAUCCAAACAUCAUCUUGCAGUAGGUUGAGUUAAAACAUUUAAAUAUUACUUUCUUGAAACUAUUAUAUUUAACCACAUCACCAUCUCUGUCUUGCCAAAGUGGUAUAUGCUCUGGUUAUCUUGGGCUACUGCAAUGUUCUCUACAUGGAGCUACCUUUGAAGUUGACUCAGAAACUAAAACUAAUCCAGAAUGUAACAGCUAGACUUGUAACUGAGAGUAGCUGCCAGGACCAUAUAACACUGAUCCUAAAGGAUCUUCACUGGCUCCCAGUAUGUUUCUGAGUGGUGUUUCUGACCCUUUAAAGCCCUAAACAGCCUUGGCCCUAUAUACCUGAAGGAGCAUCCCCACCCCUAUUUUUCAGCCUGGACACUGAGGUCCAGCUCUGAGGACCUUCUGGCAGUUCCCUCACUGUGAGAAGUGAAGUUACAGGGAACCAGGCAGAGGGCUUUCUCGGCAGUGGUGCCCUCUCUGUGGAAUGCCCUCCCAUCAGAUGUCAAGGACAUAAAGGACUACACAACUUCUAGAAGAAAUCUUAAGGCAUCCUUGUAUCAGUAAGUUUUUAAUGUUUGAUGUUUUAUUAUGUUUUUAUGUGUGGGAAGCCGCCCAGAGUGCCUGGGGCCAGAAUGGCAGAGUAUAAACAAUACAAAUUAUGAUGGUGAUGGUGAUGAUGUAUCUACACUGAUAUCCAGGUGAUUUCAAUGCAGAAAUCAGUAGCUUAUUACACAUGCUUGAAAUAGCCGUUGUGGCAAAGUGUUACCGCAGCUGAGCUCUAAAACACACCCUGUGAGUAUAAUGUAUUGCCUCUUCCAGAGUGAAGUUAAUAAAAUAUAAUUCUCAUACUUUUGCUGAGGUAUCAAGCAUUAGAGAGAAGGGUUUCUGAAGACAGACAAAUUCUGUAUACUAACUAAAUACAGUGGUACCUCGGGUUAAGAACUUAAUUCGUUCUGGAGGUCUUAACCUGAAACUGUUCUUAACCUGAAGCACCACUUUAGCUAAUGGGGCCUCCCGCUGCUGCUGCACUGCCGGAGCACGAUUUCUGUUCUCAUCCUGAAGCAAAGUUCUUAACCCGAGGUAAUAUUUCUGAGUUAGCGGAGUCUGUAACCUGAAGCGUCUGUAACCUGAAGCGUCUGUAACCCGAGGUACCACUGUACAAGGUUUGCUUUGUAUUUUGUAAAAUGAAUAGUUCUUACUCGAAUAGGUUAUGGUAAGCAAAAAAACCAGCAAGACACAUUAUAGAAAGAAUGUACUUACGUAUACAUCUAAAUGUAACAAUAGGCCAUCUACCAGACCAAGGGCAUGUAUAGCUCCUUGAGCCUGAGUAAGGCACAUAACCAGGGUUACAGUGGUAUGUAAUUUCCUCUCCCAUAUUGAAUUCUUCCUUCUGUACGUCAGCAGUAGCCAAUGGUAUUUCAGGUGGUCUGGGACAGCCUAGAAGACACCAAGUACUGUAUUUAUAAGGCUUUGUAUUCAUUAACAGCUAUAGCAUCCCCAUGUUUUGAAGCAACCAAAUAAACAGGUAAUAAUAAUAUGAGCACAUUGUACCUUUGGUUCAUCACAUAAAGGUGGUGUACUGAAGGCACAAGUGGCAGCAGCACUGUGAUUCAUUUUAAUCCCGCAUCAACCUCCAUCAGUAUAUGAAGUUGACCCUCCGGCCCCUUGACUAGCACUACUGCUCGGAGUAGUUCAAAGGAAAGAGGGAGAAAGGAUAUGGUUUCUCCCCCCAAAAAACCCGGAAAAUUGGCAGAGAGAAGAUCUACACUUGACCCAUUUGCUACACGUGCUGAAGGGGAAAUAAUUCACCAAUUAUUUGGCUGAAAGCUUUAUCAAUAAGAAUGUACCAACCAAAAUCACCUUUCUUUUACUGGAUUCUUUGAGGGCCCACUCACAGAACUAUAUCUGCCCUUGUGAAUAUCUCCCCACCUUCUUUUCAAACAUCUGAUGUCCCUGAAGUCAUGCCCAGUGCUAUCCACUAAAUAAAUAAAUCACAACCAUGUUACAAUAUUUACCACUGACUUUUUAUGUGACUUUUUUCUGCUAAAGGCUACAUCAUGGCUUGCUUUCUGAACUCUGGCCUUUUAAAAAUUAAUAUUCUAACAAUCCAUUUAUGAUGAUGCAGAAGCAGAAACAGGAAAGCUUUCAGAAAUGUAGGCUUGAAAUUAAUACCGAACUAAUUCAGUUUCCCAGAUUUUGCCACACAUUUAUAACCUUUGCAAUCAGAUUUGCAAAGGGGAUUUAGUUAAUCCAUAGUUCAUGAGGCUACGGCUCUCUGACAAGUGCCAGCAGUUAAAUUUUUGCUAAGAGAGGUAAAGUCAAGUUAGCUUCUCUCAUAUGCUGGCGUCUUUAUUUUUACAACACAUGCCUCACAUGAUAUACCAGGUUAACACACCUGAACUGAAUUAAAUGAUGGAAGCAGAUGCAUACUAAGCAAAGCAGGUCAAAUUAAGUGACUUGUUAGACUUAGAUCAUAUUGUGACAUUCCAGCAUAAAAAAGACCAAGAAAGACCAUUAGGGCCAGUCGUGGCCAACUCUGGGGUUGCGGCGCUCAUCUCACUUUAUUGGCCGAGGGAGCCGGCGUACAGCUUCCGGGUCAUGUGGCCAGCAUGACUAAGAUACUUCUGGCGAACCAGAGCAGCACACGGAAAUGCCUUUUACCUUCCCACCAGAGAGGUACCUAUUUAUCUAUUUGCACUUUGAUGCACUUUCCAACUGCUAGGUUGGCAGGAGAAGGGACCGAGCAAUGGGAGCUCACCCCGUCGUGGGGAUUCAAACCGCCAACCUUCUGAUCAGCAAGUCCUAGGCUCUGUGGUUUAACCCACAGCGCCACCCGCGUCCCUUCCAGCAUGCUCCAACAGAAAUUAAGGCACACUACUCUUCAGAGCAUAGGAAACAUCUUGCCCAGGUUAGCCCUGCCCUGCAUAAUCAAUCCCAUGACGCAGUGCACACACAGCAUUUGAAUGGGAAUGCCCAUCAACUUUGUGGCGGCCCAGUCCCCUCAAAUAUUUUAUGGGGGGGGUGAAGCCCCUGCAGCCCCUAGGAGCUGGCUCAUAUGAACACCAGGAAAAAAUGGGUUAUUACUUGCAAAAUCUCAUACUACAUUACAUUUCAGUCUCUAAGCUAUCACAGACCGGUUUGUUUGCUUUUUGUCCUGUUAAAAUAUUAGAGAUGCUUACCACGUCCUGCAAGAACAGUGUGGGCUAAAGCAACCAUCCAGAAGAUUAGUGGGACAGGAGACAUUGUUGCUUCGUUACAGGCUGGCCAAAUGGGUCCAAACUCAGUCCUUUGCCUCCUAAAAAUAAACAGAAUGGAAGGCUAAAUAUUAACUUCCCAUAUUUAUUUUGAUUCUCGUAAACAAAAGGAGGGGAAAAGAGGGAUUCCCGAAACCUGCAGGGUAAACAGACUGAACAAGCAACGGUGUGCAGAACAUUUUGCAAUACUUUUUUUUUAAAAGCCACUUAAAGCUCCAGUUCACUCUUGUUUGGGAAUAUUUUGUACACUGUACCUUUCUGGACAGAAUGUUCAAUUACCCAAUCUUUAUCAGGUGCGGAGGUGGGAUGGUUGAAAGGCGAUACUGUAGGUUUUUUCUUCUUACCCAAGUCUUAAGACUAGCCAAGUUUCUCUUUUCUUCUCAAGAGCAAGAGUGAUAAUGUCACUGACCAGAGCAAUAUUUGCUAGUGUUGUAAGCUGGGAGAGGGUGGGUAGAGGUCAUGUCUGGCUUGGCACAUGAUGAUCCCUUUGUUAGGAGUCUAGACUCAGGCUAUGCUCAUAUUAGUAGCUUAAAAUGUUUCAGUGUUGUUUCUUUACUUGUAAGAUCUGCUUCAGAGGAACUAACCACCAAAGGAAGUUAUGUUGGUAGGAACACAGAGCAAGGCCUUUUUUGUGGUGGCACCCCAGGUAUAGUUCCCUUCCUAGGAAAAUGUGUGCCUUGGGGCACCAGACCCCCCCCCCAAAAAAAACCAGUGCAGCCCCAAAUUGCAUGAGGUUGCGGAGGCCAUUUUGACCACUGUCCUCUCUUGAGAAAAAACAGGAUGUCCCAUAUUUUAUUCACACACACACACACACACACACGCACACACACACGCGCGCGCACACACAGACAUAUGAGAAUAAAAUAAACUUUUCUGUUUUACAAUUUAAAAUACUAUUCUACAUCCUUAAGAUAUCAAUGACUUCCCUUCUAUUUCCAUGGUUCAUUUUACAUAUCAUAAAUCCCUGCAUAUUUUACAAAAACUAUACCAUUCAGUAUUCUAUCAUUGCAUCCAUCAAAACUUGUUUACACUGUUGAAUUUAUCUUAAUGCUGCCAGCAUUUUCAGCUGUACACCGGUAUUCCACAUAUAUUCAAUAAACGUUUUCCAGUCUUUAAACAUAUGUGCUUCUUGUUCUCUUAUUCUAUAUGUUACGUCUGCAAGUUGUGUAUAUUCAACUUAAGUUGCCAUUCUUCUUGGGACAGAUGUCCCACAUAUUCUGGGACAGUUGACAGGCAUGUUUCUUCUAUGUUUGAAGCAAGAUGAAGGACAAGAAAUAAUAGGUCUUCUGUGUGGAGAAGAUGGAGAAAUGCUAUUCAGGUGACAGAGAGAAGGCAGAAUAGCUCAGCACUUACAGUGUCCAACCUGUUGAAAAGAAUAAAUGAUGCUGGAAGGGAGCUGCAGCCCAAGGUAAGAAAAGGGUUGGUAGGGAGCAAGUAUGAAUUAUGAAUAAAAUGGAGAAGGAGAAGGAGAAAGAAGAAAGAAGAAGGAGACAGUUUUACAGAUCUUUUUGUGGAGGGCUUUUACAGCUCUCAAAGGGUCCAAUAAACUGCCAUAAUGGCGGGAGACAGAAUUGUGUGCUGGGGACCUGAAAUCUAGGACAGAUAUUUCUUUCUUAGCAGGCCUCUGUUUCCUUUUCAGAAAAAAGCUCCUCCUCCUCCUCCUCCUCCUCCUCUUCUUCUUUUUAUAACUCACCCAUCUGGCUGUGUUGCCCCAGCCACUGUGGGCAGCUUCCAACAUACAUAAAAACAUAAUAAAAUACCAAAAAUAAAAAAACUCCCAGUACAGGGCUGCCUUCAGCUGUAUAUUUAUUUAUAUCCUUGACGUCUGAUGGGAGGGCGAACCACAGGGCGGGCGCCACUACCGAGAAGGCCCUCUGCCUUGUUCCCUGUUACUUCACCUCUCUCAGUGAGGGAACCGCUAGAAGGCCCUUGGAGCUGGAUCUCAGUGUCCGGGCUGAACGACAGGGGUGGAAAUGCUCCUUCAGGUAUAAUCAACAAUAUGUGUUUUCUAAGGCAACAAAAAAAUGUGACUUCAUCUGGACUGAAUCUGAGACCUUUUGAAUGCAAAGCACAUUCUCCAUCAAUGAGUUAUGGCUCUUCACCAAAGGCUCCAACAUAUAUGGUUAGAGUGCCCUAAACUGAAACAAUUUUGGGCAAUGAUAAUCUCUGAAAUAAGACUAAUUACUGGUUAUCAACUCACUUUAAAACUGAAAGAGUUUCUUCCAUUCAGAGGAAAACUAUUUUGAUAAACACCUGGUGACAUAUCAACGAGACAUGUCAUUCUAGAAGCUAGAAUGUUAAUUGCCAGUUGCUGGAAGUUAAAAGAGCAUCUGCCAAUUUCACAGUGGUACAACCAAGUUUUGGAAAGUGCCCUAACUGGGGGUGGGGGUGGAAUCACUAGCCAGAUCAAAACAUUAUCUGGCUGACAAGAUCAGAUGAAUAAUUAGAAAAAUUGCUUCCAUGGCUCUGGGAUACAGAAAAUUUGCCAGCGAUAUCCAGACCACAACAAGAAAGUUGUAUUUUUUAAUAUUAAAAAACAAUGUGCGGUUCUUAUAGCCUUAAGAAAAGAUAUUGCUGUAUUAUUCAGUAGUUAUUGCAACACAUACCUGUUUGCUGUGAUUUAACAACAGGCAGAAAAAUCCUAGAUACCAAUUAUGCAAUGAUGGGGGUGCAGAGAUACACAGCUGCUGUGCUAGCAGAACAAGUACUGUAUCUGCUAUGGUAGAGAUGGGAUGAAAAGGUUCCCUAGGUGGGCAGGGCAAGAGGCAAAAAAAGUGGGCAAUGCAACAAGUGUGAAUUUUCCCUUUGUACAGUAGGUUAGUUCAUUCACACUCACAUGUUCCUCUCUGUCCUCUUUCCAGGCAAGCAAAAAGUCAAGCCUGGUCCCAACUUCGCUGGCUGCCAAUUCGUUUCGGGGCCCACUUCAAAGUGCUGGUUCUGACCUAUAAAGUCUUACGUGGAUCAGGACCCCAACGCCUUAAGGACCACCUCUCCCCAUAUGAACCGAUCCGGACCCAGAACUUGUCAUCCAAGGCCUUCUCAUCCAAGAACUUCUCUAUCUACCCCCUCCUUGAGAGGUUGGGAGGGUGGCAACACAAGAAUGGGUCUUUUUUGGGAUGGCUCCCUGUCUGUGGAAUGCUCUCCCCAGAGAGACUCGCCUGGCACCAUCAGUACAAUGUCAUUAGACACCAGAUAAAAACAUUCCUCUUUACCCAGGCCUUUGGCCAUUAAAUAAUCUGUGGCCAGUUAGAGCUGUGGGUGGGGGACUGUUGUUGUGAUUAUUUUAUUAAUAUGCUGUCUGUUAUUAUGUUUUUAUUAUAGUGCUCCAUAAAAUGUGAUCUUUUGAUAAAGUGUGUAAUAAUAAUAAUAAUAAUAAUAAUAAUAAUACCCCGCCUAUCUGGCUGAGUUUCCCCAGCCACUGUGGGCAGCUCCCAACAGAAUAUUAAAAACACAAUAAAACAUCAAACAUAAAAACUUCCCUAAACAGAGCUGCCUUCACAUGUCUUCUAAAAGUCAGAUACAGUAGAACCUCAGUUGUCAAAUGCUUCGAAAGUCAAACAUUUCGGCUUUCAAAAGCCGACAACCCAGAAG